UGUAUAUAUAUAUAUAUAUAUAUAUAUAUGAAGGAAGGGGAACAUCCGAACAUCAUGAACAACAUAUAUACUCAAGAGUCAAGCAAUGCACCACUAGCUUGAUAUAUUUCUAGUCAAUUAUAGCUAGUGAUAUCAUCAUAUAUGGCAUCAAUGGUGAUUAAUGAAUUGAAACAACUUUCCACCAUAGCUUUCCCCAUGAUCCUCACUAACCUCCUCCUCUACGGCCGCUCCGCCAUCUCCAUGCUCUUCAUGGGCCAACUCGGCAAGCUAGCCCUUGCCGGCGGCUCCCUCUCUAUCGGCUUCGCCAACAUCACCGGCUUCUCCAUCCUCUCCGGCCUCUCUUCCGGUCUAGAACCCAUUUCCUCUCAAGCUUACGGUGCUCGCCGCUGGCAUCUUCUUGGCCUUGCUUUCCAACGCACCGUCUCCAUCCUCACCGCUGCCACUCUCACCAUCUCUCUCCUUUGGUUCCAUUCCGGCUACAUCCUCCGUCUCUGCGGCCAAGACCCGGCCAUCGCUGCAGUCUCCUCCUCCUACUUACUCUUCUCCAUCCCCGUCCUCUUUCUCCAAUCCUUCAUCACUCCUAUGAAGAUCUAUCUCCGUACUCAGAACAUCACCGCACCACUCACCAUCGCCGCCGCCCUCGCCCUCGCCCUCCACGCACCCAUAAACUUCAUCCUCGUUCACCAUCUCCGUCUCGGCGUGCGCGGUGUGGCUCUCGCCACUUUCUUCUCCGACGCCAACUUCCUCAUCUUCAUCAUCAUCUACCUCGCCAUCACUGGUUUACACCGGAAGACAUGGCCAGGUUGGUCUCUCUCCCAAUCCUUUACCGAAUGGCGUCCCAUCCUCAAACUCGCCGUCCCGAGUUGCAUCUCCGUCUGUUUAGAAUGGUGGUGGUACGAGCUCAUGAUAGUCUUCUCCGGCCUUCUCUCCAACGCACCGGACGCGGUGGCCGCCAUGGGAAUUCUCAUCCAAACAACAUCUCUGGUUUACAUCUUCCCAUCUGCUCUCAGUCUCGCUGUCUCAACACGAGUAGGCAACGAGCUCGGCGCCGGUCGGCCAGACAGGGCGAGAGCCGCAACAAGGGUGGCGUUGUUACUCGCCGUGGCAACCGGCGCCGCAGCAGCUGGUUUCACUGUGUCAGCAAGGCAUACUUGGGGACGAGCAUUCACCGGAGAUAAUGCAGUUGUAGCACUGACAGCGGCAGCGUUGCCAGUGCUGGGACUGUGUGAGCUUGGCAACUGUCCUCAGACCACCGGUUGUGGUGCCCUGCGUGGCAGUGCACGGCCGGUAUUAGGAGCUAACAUAAACCUUGGAGCAUUCUACGGCGUGGGGAUGCCGGUGGCGAUGGUGCUGGGGUUUGUGAUGGACAUGGGGCUCGUAGGAAUGUGGAUGGGACUGGUGGCUGCACAAGGGACGUGCGCUUUCCUCAUGUCUUAUGUGUUAAUGAGAACUGAUUGGUGUUUGGAAGCAAAGAGAGCAAGAGAACUCAUCUCCUCAGAGAAUUGUGCUUGUGUUAUUGGAGAAGAUGAUGAUGAUAAUGAUGAUGAUGAUGAUGAUGAUGAUGACAGUUGUAGUAGUAUUAGUAGUAGUGGGAGUAGUGGUAGUAGUAGGACAAGUAGUUCAUCAGUACUUACAGAUAAAGGAAGGGAAGCAAGAGAGGAGACAGAGGCACUGAUUUCAGUGAAGAUUUUGGAGUAGGGAAGAAAGAAGGUAGGGGAGGUACUUCAUGAUGUGAUAUAAUUUUUUUUGGGUUUUUA